UCAGCUGUCACGCUGGGUAGUAGGAAGGAAUUUUUGCUCGUUUUGUUUUGGUUUGUUUAUCGAUGGGACUUUAAAUUUAGGGAAUAAUUAAUAAAAAAAUAAUGUUUUCCACCCCAAAAAGAAAUAAACUUUCCGCAAAUAGUGAUAGUGCCACGGUUGUGACCCCUAAUAAUCGUAUAUUAAAGGCUUCGUGCUUUAAUAUCGUGGACAAAGCGUCAGACACUGGAAGCAACAUAAACCUGCAAGAAAGAACUGUUAUUUCACCUGGGGAAGCGCGAAGAGGACGGCCUAGGGCUGACCUUUUAAAUACUCUUAUUUUGGAAGGGUCAACCUCUCCUAGUUCGAUUAAAUGUAUUUAUUGUAGCCGGGUUUUUCCUAGGGAAAAAUCAUUGCAAGCCCAUCUAAGAACACAUACAGGUGAAAAACCAUAUGCAUGUGACUAUCCGCGAUGCACUAGAAAAUUUGCUCAAUCAGGCCAGUUAAAAACCCAUCAGAGGCUUCACACUGGAGAAAAGCCAUUUAUGUGUGCAGCUGCAAAUUGUCCAAAAAGAUUUACUCAUGCCAACAGGCACUGUCCAGACCAUCCAGAGUUUACUCUAAAAAGAUAUGUUAGCAAAGUUGAAGGAGAUUUGGAUAAACCCUAUGAUGAGGCCCACACAGCUGAAGUUCGACAGUGGCUGCAAAAUUAUGAUAGAUGUAAUAAGGGUUCACCAAAAUGUAAUGAAAACUUAGACACUACCCCAAGAAAAGAGAGAAGAGAUAUGAUGCUAUUUAAAAGGGAAGAAUCUAUACUUAGCAGUGGUAGUUCUGCUUAUUUCUCAGGGUGCUCCCAAAAUGGCGGGGAUGAUUUAGAAAAUUCGCCGGUAUCCGAACUGGACGAUCUUGAAACUUCCGUUUGCAGUAUUUCAGGAGGCUCCGAAAAUGAAUUAGGAGCAGAUUCUCCUCUAUCAAAGCCAUCAGAAUUGCCAAAGAAGAGAUGGUUACGUGAAGCGACCCAAGAGCAAAGGCUUUGGGAUUCUACUAUAGAUUUAGCUUCGCCCCUAAAUUGGAAUGACGAUGUUUCAUACGCCGAUACAGAGGAAGUUUAUGAUAGUGAAAAUCAGAAACGUCCUACUGUUUUGGUUUGUGUACAAGCCAGCAAAAACAAAGAGAUAUCAAACGACGACAUCCAAGGAGCAAUGGCUUUGGUCGAAUUAAAAAGUGGCGUUAACUGUAGUUAUAGUUACAGAAUUUAACACGAAUAAGUCUAUAAUUUUCGCGCUUACGUAGGAUUUUCUCUCGUCGUAACAAGUUUUAGAACUACUAAAAUUUGUACUUUUUACCAACCUUUUUACUUGGGAUUUUGAUAGCUAAAGGUAACUUAUUGUGUUGUUUUUUUAGUACUUUUUUUUUCUAAAAUGUCUAUUAUAUUGUUAAGUUAUAUUUAUUAUUAUUAUUAUUAUUAUUAUUAUUGAUUUUAGUUAAGCACUGUUUAUAUAUAUAUAUAUAUAUUGAUAUAUAUAUAUUAAUCUUUUACUGGCAGUGGCUAAUUUCGAUUUUUUUGUUAAAAAUAUGCUUGUCACAAAUAUGCUUAGAUUUUAUGCUUACUAUUUACGCAUUUUUUAAAUUAAUUAGUAUAGAUAAUGGCAUAAAUAAAAUACGUGGUAGGAAAAAGGUGGCUUUUAUCGGGUUCUGCAUUAAACGACUUUAGCGCAGGCUAAUUUGUAUAAAUGAUUACCCUCAAUCUCUUAAAUCUUUUUAUAAAUUUUUCACUAAACAAACAUAUUCUGUAGUAUUCACCAAUGUCCUUAUUAAAUACAAAAAUCUUGCGGAAUACCUAAACUUGAAUGCAAAAUAGUAAGUAUGCCUAACAAAAAAUGCUUAAUUACUACAGUUAACAAAAGAUGUUGUUUCGUAUGUAGAUUAUUGAAAGUGAAUCAGUUCAUAACAAUAUAGAAUUAUUCUAUUUUUGGAAUGAGUUGAGUAAGACCUUUUAGAAUGCUUCUGUAAUACCAUAUUUAAAGAAAUUGAAAUUGUUUAAAAAUAAAUAUUUCAUUUUUGUUAUUUCCCUA